UAAACGCUUUGUGGUAACGGAAAAGUUCCAUUUGUAUGUAUGAUUGAGAAUGCUACGACACCCCACCUUGAAAACGUUUCCGCUUUUAUUCUCCGGCCGGCGACGAUCCAUCGCUUACAUUUUGCCUCAAAAAGUCUCAUCCUCAGCCAACGUAACAACGUUCACGUAAACAUACACAUGGCGAUAACGUUACCAUACGCCGAUGUUGAUUCAAGCUUGAAAGGAAUGGCCGGUUGGGGCGAGGGUUUUGGCCGUUCUGCAGUCGGUGGCGCUCAUGGUCCUGUGCAUCGCGUCACCUCCUUGGCUGAUGAUGGGCCAGGAUCACUUCGGGAAGCAUGUCGCAAGAAAGAACCAUUGUGGAUAAUCUUUGAAAUUUCAGGAACCAUUGAUCUGUCAUCCUACUUGAAUGUCUCAUCACAUAAAACCAUUGAUGGUCGUGGGCAGCGUAUAAAACUAACAGGAAAAGGUUUGAGACUAAAGGAAUGUGAAAAUAUUAUAAUAUGCAAUCUGGAAUUUGAAGGUGGUAGAGGACAUGAUGUUGAUGGGAUACAAAUUAAACCAAAUUCAAAGCACAUUUGGAUUGAUCGAUGCAGCCUGCGUGACUAUGAUGAUGGACUUAUAGAUAUAACCAGACAAAGCACAGACAUUACAGUUUCCAGAUGUUACUUUGCUAAUCAUGAUAAGACAAUGCUUAUUGGAGCGGAUCCAUCUCAUGUUGAUGAUAGAUGUAUCAGAGUCACAAUUCAUCAUUGUUUUUUUGAUGGGACACGACAAAGGCAUCCUCGUCUUCGAUUUGGGAAAGUUCAUCUUUACAACAAUUACACUAGAAAUUGGGCAGUAUAUGCUAUUUGUGCUAGUGUUGAAGCACAGAUAUAUUCUCAAUGCAACAUCUAUGAAGCAGGAGAGAAGAAAAAAGCAUUCGAGUUUUAUACCGAAAAGGCAGCAGAUAAGGAGGAAGGAAGAUCAGGGUUGAUAGUUUCGGAAGGGGACUUGGUUUUAAAUGGAGCUCAAUCAUGUCCAAUGAAAGAAGCAAAUGGGGAAAAGAUGUUUCAUCCAAGUGAGUUUUAUCCAAAAUGGACAAUGGAGCCUGCUACAGAUGCACUGAAACAGAUUCUCCAGGUCUGUACUGGUUGGCAAUCUGUCGCAAUACCAGCUGAGCAAGGCACUUCGUGAUUUGUGAGAUUAAUCGGACAUAAGAUAUCGGAAUUAAUUGACAUAAGCAUGUAAAUAUGCAUAUGUGAUUGAUAAAUAUUUUUGUUUAUGUGUGUAUCUAAAAGUAUUAUGAAUAUACAUUAGUCCCUUAUGAAUUUUGCUACUGUUAAAAUCCCUGAAUUUCCAUUUAUAUGAAUGAUUGAAUGGUAAGUACUUAUACUUACAUCAAAACGAUCCAAUCUAAUUGGAGUUUGAAACUUCAAAACCGAUCCAAUCCAAUUGUGAUUGAUAUACAAUAUAAUCGGUUUGGAUCAAUCAGUUUGAAUUUGAUCAGGUUAAUUUAUGCACCUCGUAGACAAAAUGUACUCAAACAGCUAUAUAACCAUUGAUUGUGUGUAUUAGUUUAAUUUGGUUGGG